AUGAAUUCUGUUCAACUCCAAGACUUCCUAACCAAUCUAUCAACUAACUAUUCAGGAGAACAAAAAAACGAUGAAGUUGAUCUAACUACAGUUCGAAGACUUGUUGUUAAAACACAAAAUAGUUCACACAUGUGUAUGAACUAUAUUAUCUGCAAUUAUACUGAUAUAGACUUAGUACAGCCCAUUCUUGCUCAGUUGCUGGCUUUAUAUUAUAAAGGAGGUAUUCUUCGUCAGUACGCCAUACAGUACAUUCCUGCUUUCAUUGGUUCAUACAUGUUGGCCGCUUCUAAAAAACAGCAAAGAAGUGUUUCUAUGUUUGAAACAUUCUUCUUAGCUAUCUAUAACGAAGAAAUACUGGAAACAAAAGGAAAUUCUCCGAUGGCCACGAAGAAGGUCGAGGAAAUCCGAAUCCCAUCCAUUCGUUUUCCUAGUAUCUAUCAUGAUCCUAUGAAAAUCACUUCUCUACCCGAAAUAGCCACAUUGCGUCCUGGAGGAGUUCCAUCAGUUCUGACAACAGUCCGAGUUGGACCCUACCCUAACUAUGUCAACUUCUCCUCGGAGAAUAAGUUUUUAAUUCUGACAAAGCUUAUGAAAACAGUUAAUAACUCGGUUUGCUAUAUAUACUCUGAAGUUUUAUCCCGCUUUAUUUGUCUCACAGCUUUAUCCAUAUCCAUGAGUGGAUUCUCUUUCCCUGAAACUCCUUUGCGUCUGAAAGUCCUCAAUCCUCAUCAUCAAGUAGAAGCAAUAGAAGACUAUUCCAAAAAAGCUCGCCAGCAAGUUAACAGUUCUAUUCUCUUGGAACUACUCACUGGUGUUUAUUUAUCUCUCUACAACGGGACUCCCGAUCUUGCCCUCAGAGCUAUAGAUGCAGUCCAUCAAAGAGCACAGUACGAGAUGCUUCCUGACGUUCUCAUCGUAACGAACGCCAUAAGAAAUGCUCUGUUGGAGAGUCCUGUUGCUAAAGAAAAAAUUGACGAAUUAGCUUGGAAAAGCCAUAACAAGGAAAUCAAAAGAACUGACUUGGUCACGAAUGCCUCUCUUCGUAUGCGAAGAAUGCCGGAAGACAUCCCUAUUCAACCAGAGUUGAAGGAGAAGGAGCAUUCGAGAAUCGGUGAAUUAGUUGAAGAAGGAAUGGAUCACUUCCAUGACUUGAAGAAACGUGUAUCGUCCAUGUCAUUGAAUCCCAAAACAUUACGACGAAGGAAAAGUGACGCAGUUGACGUAGAGUUACUGCCUAUUAGUGAAGAGAAACUUCAAGACAAAAACAAUGCAGUUUCCGCGUCUCAACCGGAUCAACAACAGGAGAAAACUGAAAGUAAAUCAAUGGAAAAUAGUACAGAUAAUGGAGUAGUAGGAGAUCAAACAUUAAAACAUUCCGAUGAUGAAUAUGCUUCUGAUGACGAUGUCCGACCAAGAGGAACUUUCACUGUAAAUGGCCUAAGGCAUAUGGAUAGUGGUGGAAGUACGCAGAGGAGUAUCGAUCAUUCUUAG